CAUUGUAUUUAUGUAGGAAGUUUUUCCCAUUGAAGGGUAUAUUAGAAGGCCUUUAAAGAUUCCAAUUUUGUGCUUUUGGAAUUGUUUUUGAGGGAUAAUUCUUCUCUUCGAUGCAUUACAUUGAUCAUUGAAUCAUUGGUGCUGGUUGCAUUGUGUUUCUUUUAUUUUUUUUGGUGAAGGUGAAGGGGUUGUAUAGAUUGGCUAAAACUCCAUCUUUUUGAUGCUAUCUUUUAAAAAAUGAGCAACAUUUGGGGACAGAAGAAAUGGGGUUAUAGCAUUUUGGUAAUUUUAGAAUUUCUUUGUAUGUAUAUGUAAGAAACGGUGUUAGAAUUGAGAGUGGUUUCGGAUGGGAAAUAUUUGUAUCUCAUUAGGGAAAGUUGGACUCUUUCAAACAAUCUCAAAUACCCUGUGGUGGUCUCGACCAGCUGAAGUUGAAAAUGAGGAUAAAAAACAAAUUGCCAAUGAAGCUGAUCAGUCUGAAAAUAAAGAGGCAGAAGCUGCAUCUGUUCGAGACCAGCCCCCGGAAGAAAUGAAGAUUGUCAGGGAAGAGACAGGAACGGAACAACUAGGGGAAUCUAAAGAAGAGAUCCAAAGACAACAAUCAAGGUCUCACCCUCAAAGACUUAACUCCAAGCCAUCACAGCUAGCAGCAUAUAACAAGGAAGAGGCUAAGGUUGAGCCUGGAAAACCCCGGAGGCCCCAUAAUGUUAAGAGACAGUCAUGUGCAGGACUAAAGGUAGAGUCAGUGUUACAAACCAAAACAGGUCAUUUGAAGGAAUACUAUAACUUGGGGAGGAAACUAGGGCAUGGUCAGUUUGGGACAACUUUUCUUUGUGUGGAGAAAGGUACCGGAAAGGAGUUUGCUUGUAAAUCUAUUGCCAAAAGGAAACUGAUGACUCUAGAAGAUGUUGACGAUGUUAGGAGGGAAAUUCAGAUAAUGCAUCACUUGGCAGGGCACCCUAAUGUAAUCUCCAUCAAAGGGGCUUAUGAGGAUUCUGUGGCCGUUCAUGUUGUCAUGGAGUUGUGUGGAGGGGGAGAACUUUUUGAUAGAAUUGUAAAGAGAGGGCAUUAUACUGAAAGAAAGGCAGCUGAACUAGCAAGGAUCAUAGUUGGUGUUAUAGAAGCCUGCCACUCCAUGGGAGUAAUGCAUAGGGAUCUUAAGCCGGAAAAUUUUCUUUUUGUUAAUGAGGAGGAGGAUUCACCCCUUAAAGCCAUUGAUUUUGGAUUAUCAAUAUUCUUCAAGCCUGGGGAUAUCUUAUCUGAUGUGGUUGGAAGCCCAUACUAUGUUGCACCUGAAGUUUUGCGAAAGCGUUAUGGUCCAGAAGCAGAUGUGUGGAGUGCUGGGGUGAUCAUUUACAUUCUCUUAAGUGGGGUGCCUCCUUUUUGGGGUGAAACUGAAAAAGAAAUAUUUGAUGAGGUUUUACACGGUGAUCUUGACUUCACAUCUGAUCCCUGGCCUAGUAUCUCAGAAAGUGCAAAAGAUCUAGUGACAAAAUUGCUUGUCAGAGAUGCCAAAAAGCGGAUAACUGCGUAUGAAGUACUAAGCCACCCUUGGGUUCAGGUUGAUGGGGUGGCUCCUGACAAGCCACUUGAUUCUGCAGUCUUAAGCCGAAUGAAGCAGUUUUCUGCAAUGGACAAGCUUAAGAAAAUGGCCUUGAGAGUCAUUGCCCAGAGACUUUCUGAGGAAGAAAUAGCCGGGUUGAAGGAAAUGUUCAAGAUGAUGGACAUUGAUAAUAGUGGUCAAAUCACUUAUGAAGAACUCAAAGAUGGAAUGAAAAGAUUUGGUGCCAAUCUUUCUGAGUCAGAAUUUCAUGUUCUAAUGCAGGCUGCAGACGUCAAUAAUAGUGGUACAAUUGAUUAUGAAGAGUUCGUAGCUGCAACAUUGCAUCUAAACAAGGUUGAGAAGGAAGAUAAUCUGUUUGCAGCCUUCUCGUAUUUUGACAGAGAUGGAAGUGGCUACAUUACUCAAGAUGAGCUACAAAAAGCCUGUCAAGAGUUUGGUAUUGAGGAUAUCCGCCUGGAUGAAAUGAUCCGAGAAGUCGAUCAGGACAAUGAUGGCCGGAUAGAUUACAAUGAAUUUGUGGCCAUGAUGCAGAAAGGCAAUCCUGAAUUUGGCAGGAAAGGUCGUCAGGGUAAAGGUUUUAGCGUCACAUUUAGUGAGGCAUUGCCAGUUUGUUGACAAGAUAUAGUCAACUAGGGCUUUAUCUUUAGUUUUUUCCAAACUUUUUAGAGUUUAGCUUUAGUUUAGCUCUUCAAAGUUUGAGGAAGAUCAUAAGUGAGCAAGAGUUCGUAUUUGAUACAUAAUAAUAUAAUUUUUUAACUUCAUAUGCGAGAUUAAGAAACUAUCACGUGUCUUUUUUUUUCAUGUGUCACCUGCUAAUUAAUCUUAAAAGUGGAGUAUAACAUUUUAAGUCAUGUUUGGUUCUCCUAAAUAUAUUACAAAUAGAACCUCUUUUGGUGGUUGCUAUUUGUUUUUAUUUUCAAACA